UUAUUUUAUUUUACCUCUUUUAAUUUUUUCGACGAAGAAUAUGCAUCGGAUCGGACCAUCCUUUAUGUUUCUCUUUCAUUCUCGUUAGCAUGGUAAUUCGAAUUACACUAUUUUUUUCUCUCUUCAUAUAUAUAUAUUCCCUACUUUUUUGGCAUUCGAUAAAAACUUCUCUGAGCAUCUGUGUAACUGUCCAUUUCAAUCACCAUUAAUUAAUGGCGGAGCUUGUACAAUCAUCUUCCAUAUCCGUGUCAAAAACAGAGGAAAAGGAGAAACGAACAAGAGAUGAAACUUACCCAGUAUACAGAGGUGUUCGAAUGCGAAGUUGGGGAAAAUGGGUUUCUGAAAUCAGACAACCGCGUAAGAAAUCGCGAAUUUGGUUGGGUACUUAUCCAACACCUGAAAUGGCUGCACGAGCUCAUGACGUUGCUGCGCUUAGCAUCAAAGGGAAUUCAGCAAUUCUCAAUUUUCCUCAACUUGUUGAAUCGUUGCCUCGUCCAGCGUCAAUUUCACCUAGAGAUGUUCAAGCUGCUGCUGCUAAAGCAGCUGCCAUGGAUGAACUAAAUUCCUCUGUUUCUUCGACAUUGAGACUCAGUGAAUCGAUGGAAACGGAAGAUCAAUUAGGUCAGAUUAUUGAAUUGCCGAAUUUGGAAGGGAUUUUUGAAUCGGAAGAGAUGAAAUUGAGUAACUCCGGUGAUGGAUGGGUUUACCCGCCGCCGUUUGGGGAAUUUGACGGCGAACUUUUUGGGGAUUUCUUUGAGCAUACAGCCAUUGGAGAGACUUUGAUUCCAAGCAAAUUCGACAAGAUGAAAUGGGCUUGAUUAUUGUAAUCAAACACAAUUGUGUUACCCUAUUAGAUUUAUGUGCUCUGUUCAUAUUCAUAAUUCUUUCAUCUUUUAUUCUCCUAUCUAAGAUCGUGUUCUCACUAAUCGUGUCUUCACUAAGUUAUAGGUACGUUAUAUAUGGCUAAUCACCACUCACAUACUUCUUCUACCUAUCCUUGCACCAUCGUAGCAAACCUCUCACACCUUCUGGUGCAUGAGAACAUGUCUUCUCCGCGAGUAGUGAAAGAGAGAAGUUUGGAUUGGGUUUGAUUGAAUUCAAUAACUUUUGCUCAGAUGGUGUAUUUGUAUAAAGAAAUUUAUUAAAUAUGUACGAAUAUUAAGUUUA